UUGUGGACGACCAUCACUAGUUGUCAAACAGAAAAAUGGAUCUGUUGUCAAGAAGAAUGAUGUUGUUUCUCCGGUCUUUUCUCUUAAUUUUACCAUUAUUGGUAAUAAAUGCCAAUGGUCAGGCAAAUCCACAAGUGAAUCCUGGACAGGUUGGUGUUCAUCGGAGGUUUGAAUAUAAGUAUUCCUUUAAACCUCCAUAUUUGGCACAAAAAGAUGGAACAGUACCAUUCUGGGAAUAUGGUGGAAAUGCCAUUGCCAGUUCGGAGAUGGUCCGUGUGGCCCCAUCUUUGCGCUCACAGAAGGGUGCCAUCUGGACCAAAAACCAACUCAAUUUCGAUUGGUGGGAAGUUGAAAUUGUUUUCCGUGUAAAUGGACGUGGCCGUAUUGGAGCUGAUGGUUUGGCCUUUUGGUAUACCACACAAAAAGGCGACUACAAUGGUCCUGUAUUUGGUUCCUCAGAUCGUUGGAAUGGUCUGGGUAUCUUCUUCGAUUCCUUCGACAAUGACAAUAAACACAAUAAUCCCUAUAUUAUGGCCGUACUAAACGAUGGUACUAAACAAUUUGAUCAUGCCAACGAUGGUACCACCCAACUGUUGUCCGGCUGUUUACGUGAUUUCCGUAACAAACCAUUCCCGACACGUGCCCGCAUCGAGUACUACAAUAAUGUCUUGACUGUACUCUUCCACAAUGGCAUGACCAAUAAUAAUGAUGAUUAUGAAAUGUGUUUGCGUGCCGAUGGUGUUCAAUUGCCAAAGAAUGGUUACUUUGGUUUGUCGGCGGCAACUGGUGGUUUGGCGGAUGAUCAUGAUGUCUACCAUUUUUUGACAACAUCGCUGCAUCCAGCCGGUCAAAUUGUUGAGAAUAAAGUACCACAAGAUAAUGAGAAGUUAUCGCAGGAAUAUAAGGAAUAUCAAGAGAAAUUGGAGAAACAAAAACAGGAAUACAAAAAGGAACAUCCCGAUGAGAAAGAAGAAGAAGAAUGGGAUGAAUUCUAUGAAUCGGAAAAUCAACGUGAAUUACGACAAAUUUGGCAAGGACAAAGUCAAAUUUUCGAACACAUACGUGAAUUAUCACGUAAAAUGGAUGAAGUUAUUGGCAGGCAAGAGAAUACAUUAUCCUUGGUAUCACGGGGUUUGGGUGCUGCCGCUGGAGCGGCUGCUGUACAACAACCAGCUGUCGGUGGUACGGCACAACAACCACCUGUUGUUAAUGUUGGUGGUAGCAUUUCUCGGGCUGAAGUCGAUCUAUUGGUGGCCAAUCAAAAUAACCUCUUGGCCACCGCUCGUGAAUUACGUUCUCUAAUUGGUGAUAUUCACGCCAGAACCGAUUCAAUUCUGCAACAGCAACAACGUGCUCCCAGUGGACAAGUUCAAUCGGCCGGUUAUGAUGUUCAGGCAAUUAUCAAUGAAAUGCGCGAUGGCAUGAAUCAAGUUAAGCAGGGUAUAACACAUGUGGGACAAAAAUUGGGUGCCUCACCUCAGGCUCAAACAGCCUGUCCAACAGGCAACUGUGUAGGUGUUACAUUGUUCCUUGGUGUUACGGCUGUACAGCUACUUUUAGUCUUCCUUUAUACUAUUUUCAAGAGUAGAAGUGAAGCCCAAGCUAAAAAAUUCUAUUAGGACUA